AGGAAGCCCUCAACGUCUCGCGUUGCGUCUUCGUUCGUACGUACUGAAACUCCUCUGUUUCUUGCCACAUUGUGCUGACAGUGACAGCUGUCGCCUGCAAGUGCGAGAAGGAGAAAGCAGACGAGAAAGAAAAGGAAACGUUUGACUGGACUCUACUAUUUAUCAUCACAUUUAUUCAAAGCGCCUUUCAUGGUACCAACGGUUUGUUGGAGAAGAACAAAAAUCUCACCAUCAGGUCUGUAAGGCAAGCAGAGAUCUGCUGUUGCGUCCAAAUUAGCUGAGCGCACAUCAUCAUCUUCAUCAAAAUAAGGUAAAGUAUACUUAGGCACACGCAAAUAAAAUGGGCUUCUUGACGAACUGGUACGAGCGCUUGGCGGAGACGAAGCAGCUGGAGUUGCUGAUGAGGAUGGGCAUGUAUGAUGAGCGAGUCUACGAGGUCGUGGAGCGCCACCGCCUCGCCCCCGACAUUAUCCAGACGCUGCCGACUCCGCUCACGGCACACUUCCUGGCGCGUGGCAUGUGCUACGACGCCAUCAAUGAAGAAGUAAUUCGCAACUUUGUGCGCAUCUGCAUGAUGCUGUCUCGCUACAACAGCGUGGAGGAGGCCUCGACCCUGGCGGAGCUCAUCGGCAACUGCGGGCUGCCGGAGCAGUACCGAAUGCAGAUGUUCAACUUUAGCGAGACGUACCGCCACAUGAUCUUAUCGCAGUCGUACUUCCCGCAGCGUGCCGUCCUUCGACUGCUGGCGUACAUCUUCUGCGAUGACUUCCUCUCGGACGCCGUGGCGCAGCUGCAAUACAAGUCCGAUAUUUUGAACCACGUCAACAAGGUGUACGUCACCACCCCUGACUUCGUGUCGUGGCGCUUCUCGGUGCGAUGCAUGGCGCUCGCCGGUGGCUUCAACGAGGACCGAUCAGACGUCGAGUACACGGAGCUGCUCACGCGUGCGGUGUCGCAGAUGGCGCCGGAGUUCCUCAGCUACUUCGUCGUCGCGUUCUUCUACGCGCGGUUCCGCUUUUACCCCCAGCGUGUCCGCGGCAUCACCCCCCGCUGGCUCGCCCGGCAGCGGGCCUGCUUCUCCGCCCUCUACUGCGCCCUGCUUGGGGUCUUCUGCAACUCGAUCUUAGAGUACCGUGUACACGAGCACCGGGUGCUCUACGAGCUGCGCAAGAGUCAGGAGCUGCGCCGCCGCCGCGGAGCCGCCCGUCGCGGGGUGGCGUACGACGCGAAUCACUACUUUGACGACCUAUCCGGCGUAACGCGGCGCGUGCACAUGAUGCAGGCGACGACGUACACCGUGACGGGCCUCGGGCUCGCCGUCUCGAUGCUGCCGCUCACCUCGGUGAGGUUCCCCAAAUUCAUGGGCGACGUCGCGUGGCGACACCCGUUUGUGCCGCGUCUCUUUCCCUCGCUGGUCGGCCUGCACGCCGCCUCGCGCUGCCUCGUUCCGUUUGUCGUGGCUCCUUUUACUGCGGUGAGUCUGGCGAAGUACGGCAACUGGGGCACCACCUUGUAUGACCGCUACGUGGAGUGGCGCAUGCGUGUGUGGCACCGCAAGGUCGACGUGGCCUUUGACACCACCACGGAGGUGAGCGACGUGGACAUCACGGGAGCUGAUAAAUUCAAGAAGAGCGAACUCUGA